AUACACAACUUGUGGCUCUCAUUUCUUGCUGGGUUGCAAACGUGGCUGUACGAUCAAAACCAAACAAAGCCUGUCUGUUCCUCCAACACCCAAAAGAUCCGCACCCCUGUUUGUCAGAACCACUAGAUCUGUCAUCGUUAAAUGUCGGAUCCUGCUAUCAAGCUGUUCGGUAAGACGAUUCAACUGCCGGAAGAUGACGGCUGUGUUAAGACUGAAGAUCAGCCGUCAUCUUCUUCUUCUUCUUCUUCUGAAGCUGAUUCUAAAGGAGUUGGUGAAGAACGUCAAUCUGAUGUUAAUAAUAAGGACCAACCUGAAGAGAAAUCUAUUGAUAAAGAAGAGGAUAGAGCCAAUUCUACAGUUUCUGAGGAGGUUACAGAGCCGAAUGCAUCUUCGGUCGUGAACGAAAACCAUAACACGCCGCCUUCGGCUGAAAAGGAGUCUGCAACCGGAAAAGCAUCAAAGUCAGAAGAAGAACAAAAUGAACAGGAAAAGACGUUAAAAAAACCCGACAAAAUACUUCCUUGUCCGCGUUGUAACAGUAUGGACACGAAAUUUUGUUACUACAACAAUUACAAUGUGAAUCAACCUCGGCACUUUUGCAAGAACUGUCAACGAUACUGGACAGCUGGAGGGACAAUGAGAAAUGUUCCUGUGGGUGCUGGACGUCGUAAGAACAAGACUUCGGCCUCUCAAUACCGUCAAAUAACAGUCACUGAAACUCUUCCUGGCGAACUGAAUCACGCGGUUCUUAAACCCAAUGGCACAGUUCUUACAUUUGGUUCAGACGCGCCGCUAUGUGAAUCAAUGGCUUCUGUUUUGAAAAUUGCGGAUAAAACGAUGAGACAGGAUAGUUUCCGUAGGCCAGAAGAGUUGGUAAUCCCGGUUAAGUCAAGUAACGAUGAUAACGCAAAUAGAUCAUCAGCCACCGAGAUGCAGAACUGCCAUGGGUUCUCGCCUCAGGUGCCGUUUAUUCCUGGUGCACCAUGGCCAUACCCAUGGACCCCACAAAUGGGUCCCGCUUUCUGUCCACCGGGUUAUCCUAUGCCGUUUUACCCUGCAGCACCGUAUUGGGCUGUCCCUGUACCAGGUCCUGGCCCUGGCCCGUGGAGUAUGCAGUGGGUUCCUCCACCAGCAAAUUUCCAUCCUGCCCCUCCGGCUACCUUUGCCGCAUCAACUUCCGGUCCUAUUUCCCCGUUGGGGAAACAUUCACGGGCCGAGAAUGAAGAAGAGGAAAUAACAAAAGAAGAUGAACCCGAAAAGAGUCUUUGGGCUCCGAAGACGUUACGGAUCGAUGAUCCUGAUGAAGCCGCAAAAAGCUCGAUAUGGGCUACGUUGGGAAUCAAGAACGAUAGAACAGUUGGUGGGAAUGGGGGAGGUAUGUUUAAGGCAUUCCAAUCUAAAAGCGAAGAUAAAAAGCCCAUGAAAGAGGCAUCUCCUGCACUUCAAGCUAACCCGGCAGCGUUAUCUCGGUCUCUUAACUUCCAAGAGAGCUCAUAAAUGGUUAGUUUUUGUGGCAAUGGAAUGGAAGGUGCAAAGGGUGGUAUGUGUUGCAUGGAGAUGGGCUUCAGUGACAUGCAAAUGGGAAUGAGAAGAAAGGUAAGUUGAUCCCAUCCCAUCCAAUCCAUUGUUCAAAGAGGGAGAUAGUGUGUUUUGAAUUUACUAGUAUUUUUGAGUCUGUUGUACAUACAUAGUAUAUCAUAUGUGAAAUAGUGAACAAGGUAGAACAAAGUGAGUGUGCGCAAUGAAAUAAGUUCAAUCCACAAACGUUAAUCUUCAAUCGUAUUAUGGUCAUCGUUACAUGUUUGAUUCUC